UUAUCGCCGGCUAAAAUGUGAUCGUAUGUGCGCAGCUCAAGUUAUUUGAAUUGAAAUUUUUUUCACUGGGAUAGAAUCGUAUAUUAAUUAUAUAAUAAUUAAGCACAAUAAAUAAUUGUGUUUAUCUCGUGAGGGUGCGGUUGUGUAAUUAAGUAAAAUCAACUGGAAUAUCGUAUUUCACGUGGUUCAGGUUAUGUAAGAAACUCACGUGUUUUUAAAUUUCGUAUAAAACACCUUGCAUUGUGCGGUUAUCUGUCAUAGAACACUCAACUUUUUUUCGAAGCAAACGUGUAUUUUUCAAUUUAAAAUGAGUAACGCGGAAGAUUUAAUUUCUGGAGGAAAAGGUUAUAUUCCUCAAGAUGGAUUGACUGCUCCCGAAUUAUUUUCCAACGGGGACGGCCUCACUUACGGAGAUUUCAUUAUCUUACCCGGAUAUAUUGAUUUCACUGCCGAUGAAGUUAACUUGAAUUCAGCUCUCACCAAAAAAAUAACUCUAAAAGCUCCGCUGGUUUCUUCACCCAUGGAUACUGUCACUGAAUCAGAAAUGGCUAUUGCUAUGGCUCUAUGUGGAGGCAUCGGUAUAAUCCAUCAUAAUUGUACUAUUCAAGAACAAGCUGCCGAAGUAAUGAAAGUUAAAAGAUUCAAGCAUGGUUUUAUAUGGGAUCCUGUUGUUCUUUCUCCAGAUCAUACGGUCGAAGACGUCGAAAGGGUUAAAAAGGAGCACGGUAUAUGUGGUAUACCAAUUACGGAUAACGGACAACGUGGUGGAAAAUUAGUAGGAAUCGUCACCUCUCGAGACAUCGACUUUCUGAAAGAAGACGCACAAUUGAAGAAUAAAAAAUUAUCCGAUGUUAUGACGCCGUUUGACAAAUUAGAAACAGCCAUGUCGGGAAUUACUUUAGAGAAGGCGACUGAAAUGCUGGAAAAAUCUAAACGAGGCAAACUUCCUAUUGUUAAAGAAGGUGGCGAAUUGGUUGCUUUAAUAGCUCGAACCGAUUUGAAGAAAAGUCGUAGUUUUCCGAACGCUUCGAAGGAUGAGAAUAAGCAGCUUUAUGUUGGUGCUGCUAUAGGUACUAGACCCGAUGAUCGUAAUAGGUUAGAAGCUUUAGUUAAUGCUGGCGUUGAUGUGAUAGUUAUUGACUCUUCUCAAGGAAAUUCGAUAUUUCAAGUGCAAUUAAUCAAAGAAAUAAAGUCUAAACAUCCCGAUUUACAAGUUAUCGGAGGAAAUGUUGUUACCGCUGCUCAAGCGAAAAAUCUUAUCGAUGCUGGCGUCGAUGGUUUAAGAGUUGGAAUGGGCUGCGGAUCGAUUUGUACUACUCAAGAAGUUAUGGCGGUAGGACGCCCUCAAGCAACGGCUGUAUUUAAAGUAUCCGAAUAUGCUAGACGAUUUGGAGUUCCUGUUAUCGCUGACGGAGGUGUCCAAACUAUCGGCCACAUUGUAAAAGCAUUAUCAUUAGGAGCAUCUACUGUUAUGAUGGGAUCGUUAUUAGCUGGUACGACGGAAUCUCCUGGUGAAUAUUAUUUUUCUAAUGACGGUGUGAGAGUCAAGCAGUAUCGUGGUAUGGGUAGUUUGGAAGCCAUGAACCGACGCGAUGCUGGUUCCGCCAGUGACCGAUAUUUCCAUAGUGCUGUAGACUUCCUUAAGGUACCCCAAGGAGUUAGUGGUUCGAUAAUUGAUCGUGGUUCUGUGAUGAGAUUUUUACCAUACGUGCAAUGCGGUUUGAAACACAGUUGUCAAGAUAUUGGAGCUAGAAGCCUUUCGGAAUUGAGAAAAAUGAUGUAUUCUGGUGAAUUGAAAUUCGAAAGACGAACCUUAUCAGCUCAACUUGAAGGAAAAGUUCAUAGCCUCCGGGAGGUUGACUCGUGUAAAUAAGAUCAUCAUUAGUAUGGAAUUACCCCUUUAUCUGAACGAUUAUCAUUGCCAGUAUUGUUUAUUGAACUGUAUGACGUUUGGAAUAAUGGUUGCAAUAGCAAAUUUUUCAACACUUUCGUGUGUUACCUAAUACCACCUACAGAUAAUUCUAUUUUGUAAAUAUUUAUCUGUUUUUGUUUGCCUUUUUUUUUUUUUUUUAAUCAUUGACCUGUUAUUUUACCUUGGUCCACGCAUUUCGAUGGAAAAUAUAUCACCGUGUGUAUGAGUUUUACGCAAGUCAAUUGUAUGUAUCGAAUGUUAGAAUAUAGGUACUAUGUUAGUACAAUGCGUUGUAUACGAACCGUGUUUUAUAUUUUCCCCUCCUUUUUUACGUGUUGUACCUAAGUUUUACAUUUUUCAGUUCUUCCGUAUAUUUAUUUUUGAACAAAAUGUUGAAUAAAUGAUUUUGUUUCAUUAAA